CCUUAUGCCAGGUAUAAAGAAUUGGGAAGGGGAUACUGAGGUUUACCCAGUGGUUUUAGGGCAGCAGGGUCUGUAGCACGCCCAGGCUUUUCCCCAUCCUGCUGCAGGGUUACAUACCCAGUCACAUGCAGUUCAAGGAUAGAUAAAAUAGUCCACUUAUGGAGGGAACAUGCUGUCUUGUCCAUGCAACUAAAGCAGCUCCUACUGGACACUGCCAGGGUCACAUUACUGGAUGGAGUUCAGCUUCCUUAGGGUAUGGGGCACUUCUUAUGUUCUCAGCUCUUCAAAGAAGUUUGAAAGCUGUUGUCUACCCAUCCAGCAUAUGGACCAUUAUUCCUGCUUCUCUGUGGGUCUCUCAGCCAUGGGGUUGCCAACAGCUGGGAACUGUGGCAGCCUGCUGGGCUGCUGCUUGCUCUCUGCUGAUUGCCAUUGUGGUGGUCACCAUGUCAGGAUCCCUUCUUAUUUGAAUUGCCUGGUUGAAGACACCUGAUUCAUGAAAGGAUGGUGGUCUAAGCACAGCAGUGGGUUAUCCGCUGGACACAGUGAAGGUAAGAAUUCAGACUGAGAGGCGUUACAAUGGGAUUUGGCACUGCGUUCAGGAAACAUACAGGACAGAAAAAGUUUGGGGAUUUUACAAAGGUAUGUCUGCAUCAGUCCUCACGGUAUCGGUGAUCUCUUCUGUUUCAUUUGGCAUGUACAAAAACUUCCUUUGUGGCAUCUGCAAGCUGCGAUACGGGGCUGCAGAUGUGAAGCCAUCCAAGCUGGAUGUUUUCCUUGCCGGCGGUGCUGCUGGUGCUGUCCGGGUUCUAUUUAUGGCUCCUAGUGAAGUGGCCAAAGUCCGCAUGCAGACUCAGAGGAACCCACAUCCUUCCAUCACAUCUCCCCAACCUGUUUCCAAACCAAAGUACCGAGGAUCUCUGCACUGCCUGAAGGUGAUCGCCAAGCAGGAAGGUUUUGGGGGUCUCUACAAGGGCUGUUCUGCAUUACUCUGCAGGGAUUGCUUUUCUUCUGCAAUAUAUUUCCUCACCUAUUCUGCUCUGUGUGACUGGCUCACACCAGCUGGGAAAAAUAAACCAGAUUUCCUUGUUGUGCUGCUUUCAGGUGGUUUUGCUGGAGUCCUGGCCUGGGGAUUUGCUACUCCCAUGGAUGUAAUCAAAUCACGGAUGCAAACAGAUGAAUCGGACCAGCACAAGUACAAAGGCCUUGUCCACUGCGUUAGGGAAAGUGUGAGAAAGGAGGGUGCAAAAGUACUCUUCAAGGGACUGGGUUUAAACUGUAUUCGUGCCUUUCCUGUGAACAUGGUGGUGUUUGUAACGUAUGAAGCUGUACUGAGAUGUACAGAUUAUUAUUUAAACAAAAAAUAGCUUGUUCCACUCUA